AUGAUUUCUCCCCUGCCCAGUGGUUAUGUCGUCUUCCGGUCCAAGGGUUGUUUAUAUUCAGAUUCGCCUUCAGACAGACCGAUGGAGAAACGCCUUGUCACCGUAGAGUUUACCCAGGAUAGAUUCGCCAUCGUGCGGAUGAGGAAUGGACAAAACCGCCUAAAUUUGAUCUUUCUCGAUAGCCUCAAUCAGGCACUAAAUGAGGUCGAGAGAAAUACAGAUUGCAAGGCGCUAAUAACAACAGGAGAGGGCAAGUUCUACAGCAACGGGUUCGACCUGGACUGGAUGAUGUCUCAGGACAGCGAAACGGUUGUCAGGUUCGACAAGGCAAUCGAGAAUACCAUGUGGAGGGUAUUGCAUUUCCCCCUUCCGACUGUAGCAGCAAUAAACG